GUCUAAGUGUGCGCGCCCCUCCCACCCUCACGCUGCUCCGCGAAAACCUCCGUCAGUUUUACUAUUUGGCGUUGAAGCGUUCAGGAGCCGCCGGUCGCCCCGGAGAGACAGACACAGACGCACCGGGAGCCUCGACGCAACACAUCGACCGUCAAGGGGGGAAAAACAUGACCGUCGAGAGGAUAUUCGACGAGCUCGGACAUUUCAAAAGAUUUCAGGCAUGUCUGUACUUUGCAGCGGUCCUUCAGGCUGUGGCCUGCGGGAUCCAAUACCUGGCAUCUGUGUUCUUAGUGGAGACUCCGAACUUUGUGUGUGGCGUGCCCGGCAACAUCACAGAUGUCCUGUACGGCAACCUGACGGGAUCCAGCCUGGAAGACAUCCUACCGGAAUUCAAGUCAAAGUCCAGGCCCCUGGUGGUGAGGACGGAUGAGGGAGAUCAGUGGGAGCUGGGCCGGUGCCACAGUGCCCUGCGCCUCGACCCCAAGGGCUUUACCUAUGACUUCGAUGGCAACAAAACCAUGAGAGCCUGCGACAAGAACUUUAUUUACGACCACUCUGAGGUUUAUCAGAGCAUAGUGACGGACUGGGACCUGGUGUGUGAGAGAGAGUGGCUGGCCAAGCUGUGCCAGCCCACCUUCAUGCUGGGGGUGCUGAUCGGAGCGCUGGUGUUCGGGGACAUCGCUGACAGGGUCGGCCGUGUGAGGAUCAUGAUGUUCACCAGCCUCUGUCAGUUUGUUCUCGGGGUGUCCGUGGCCUUCUCUGGAAACUACUACAUAUUCAUAGUGCUUCGCUUCCUCCUCGCCAUGGUCUCCAGUGGCUACCUCGUGGUCGUGUUUGUCUAUGUCACGGAGUUCACCGGCAUCAAGGUGCGCACAUGGACCUCCAUGCACGUGCACGCCGCCUUUGCCGUCGGCAUCAUGGUGGUGGCCCUGACCGGUUACCUAGUGCGGGUCUGGUGGAUCUACCAAAUCAUCCUCUCCACGUGCACCUCGCCCUUCCUGCUCUUCUGCUGGAAGUUCCCUGAGACGCCGUUUUACUUGAUCGCCAAGGGCCGUUACAAAGAAGCUGAGACCCUGCUGGAGACGAUAGCCCGCUUCAACGGCCUUGAUUACAGGCUGAAGGUGGAGGACCUCCUGGAGCCAGAGAAUGGCAAAGCUCUGCUGGACGGGGGAGAGGAGCGGCCGCCUCAGCCUGAAAAGAAGUUGUCCAUCCUGGAUCUGUUCGGCAGCUGGAGGAUGGCGGGCCGCACGUGCACAGUGUGGGCCAUCUGGUUCAUCGGCAGCCUGGGCUACUACGUCUUCUCUUUGGGCUCGGUCAACCUCGGAGGAAACCAGUACAUCAACCUCUUCCUCGCUGGUGCGGUGGAGAUCCCCUCCUAUCUGGUCGGCUGUUUCGCAAUGGACCGGAUCGGCAGAAAGAGGACCUGUGCCCCAGCUCUGCUCCUGGCCGGGGUCGCCUGUAUGCUCAUCAUUGCGGUACCUGCUGACAUUGAAAUACUGGCGAUCGCUCUCUGCAUGACAGGGAAGUUUGCCAUCGCUAUCGCCUUUGGACUCAUCUACCUGUACUCCUGUGAGCUUUACCCAACAAUCGUCAGGUCUCUGGCCGUGGGCAGUGGCAGUAUGAUGUGCCGUGUUGGCAGCGUGGUGGCCCCCUUCUGUGUGUACCUGGCUGAUGUCUGGGUCUACCUGCCUCAGCUCAUCGUGGGAAUCCUGGCUUUCAUUAUUGGAGUGCUGACAUUGUUGUUGCCAGAGACCCUGGGCAAACCUCUGACAACCACCUUGGAAGAGGCCGAAGCUCUGGGAUGCGAGCCCAGCCAGAAGAACUCAGCCCUGGGCCAUAAAGACGCAGAGGACGGGGUGGAGAUGAAGUAAUGUGGAGCCAAGGCCCGAGCUGUGGAGGUCACUGCUGGGAAAAAGCCAGAGAGAUGGACCCACAGAGAGAUGCUUUGGAAAGGAAGAAUGAAGGAGUAGAGAGAAGGUGAUAGCUGCCAAAAGUGCAUUGGAUUGUUGGAAGAAAAUCAAAAAGCUCCUUUCUUAACCUUUUUGAAA